AUGGUGGAUAAAAUGGCCUCUGUAGGGCGUAUGCUACUGCGUCGCCGUGUACUGGACUGUUCGGGGGAGGAAACCCGCUUUGCCCGUUGCUUGUCCACUCUUGACCUGGUUGCCCUGGGCGUGGGCUCCACACUUGGAGCUGGGGUGUAUGUGCUGGCUGGAGAAGUGGCAAGGGAGAAGGCUGGCCCUGCUAUCGUUCUUUGCUUUCUAGUGGCUGCUCUCUCGUCUAUGCUGGCAGGACUUUGCUAUGCAGAGUUCGGCGCUCGAGUUCCUAAGACAGGCUCGGCAUACCUCUACAGCUACGUAACGGUGGGAGAAAUCUGGGCCUUCAUUACUGGCUGGAACCUCAUUCUCUCCUACGUUAUUGGUACUGCCAGUGUGGCUCGAGCGUGGAGCUCCACCUUUGAUAACCUGAUAGAGCAAAAGAUUUCCAGCUUCUUCAAAUCUUUUAUGGCUAUGAAAGUUCCAGGCAAUGUGCUUGCUGAGUACCCAGACCUCUUCGCACUUGUUCUCAUUUUGCUACUGACUGGUCUACUUGCAUUUGGAGUGAGCGAGUCUGCACUAGUGAACAAGAUCUUCACUGGCAUCAACCUGGUGGUGUUGGGCUUUGUCAUCAUGUCUGGUUUUGUAAAGGGCAAUACAGCGAACUGGAAUCUCACUCUUGACAAUUUUAUCAAUGAUACCAACAUCACGUCACCAGAGAAAGUGGAGAACUCAUUUGGAAGUGGAGGUUUCGCACCAUUUGGCUUCAGUGGCAUUCUGUCUGGUGCUGCCACCUGUUUCUAUGCCUUCGUGGGUUUUGACUGCAUUGCUACCACAAGUGAGGAAGCCAAGAAUCCAAUGCGUUCCAUCCCAGUGGGAAUAGUGGCCUCUCUGCUCAUCUGUUUCUUUGCCUAUUUUGGUGUGUCGGCUGCGCUUACCCUCAUGAUGCCCUAUUACAAGCUCAACACUCAAAGCCCCCUGCCAGAGGCUUUCAGUUAUGUGGGUUGGGCCCCAGCCCGCUACAUAGUGGCUGCGGGUUCACUCUGUGCCUUAUCGACCAGUCUAUUGGGCUCCAUGUUCCCCAUGCCGCGAGUGAUCUACGCCAUGGCAGAGGACGGGCUGCUGUUUCGUGCUCUCUCUAGCAUGAACAAGCGCACCAAAACUCCACUGAUGGCCACUGUGGUGUCUGGAUUUGUAGCAGCACUCAUGGCUUUCCUCUUUGACCUGGCUGCGCUGGUUGACCUCAUGUCCAUUGGGACAUUGCUGGCAUACUCUUUGGUCGCUGUGUGUGUUCUCAUUCUCAGGUACCAGCCAGGCACCCUGAACUCCUCCAGUCAGAGCGAGAAGCUGGUGGAGUUGGUGGGAGGAGAAAAGGUGGCUGUUUCUGGAGACAGUGGAGAUGAAUACAGUCCAGACUCAGAGGAUCAUAUUCCAAGGGAGAAAUUUUUUGCAAAACUGCUCUUGUUUCCCUCCAGGGACGUUCCAACCAAGAUGUCUGGAACUAUUGUCUAUGCCACAACCGCAAUUAUCUCGGUGUUGAUUACUUUGCUGUGUGUGGUGCUGGCUGUGAAUCUGGAUGAGCUGCUGGUGGGCCAUCCCAUAUGGGUAACUGUGUGUAUCGUUCUGGCAUUGCUCUGCUUCUUCUGCGUCAUCAUCAUCUGGAGGCAGCCUGAGAGCAAGGAGGCUCUCACCUUCAAGGUGCCUUUGCUGCCCUGGCUGCCUCUGUUCAGUGUUUUUGUCAACAUCUACCUAAUGAUGCAGCUUGACCUGGCUACAUGGUGCCGCUUUGCAGUAUGGAUGGGCAUUGGUUUUCUGAUCUACUUCUUAUAUGGCAUCUGGAACAGCACAGAGGCCCUGAACAGUAAACAGCGCAAAUACGUCCCAAGCACCAAGAAUAAGAGUCCAAUCUACUUAGGAGGUGAUGAGAGUGAGGUAGAGGGGAUUUCUCCCUGAUAAAGACAAAAGCAGUUUGUCUCUUCUAUGAAGUACUACAGCUCCCUAGUGAAGACUGCAGAUUCAGUGUGACAAAUCUAAAGGUCCAGAUUCUUACUCUGUAGGGCGUUUCUCCAAAGCUUUAUUUAAACAAAACUAGAUUGCACUCUAUGGAAUUGAUGGAAUUACAAAAAACAAACACACAAAGCAGAAAUUUUACUUGACAUUGGUUAGCCUCUGCUCAUGCUCAUUAUGCAUUGUGCACCUCAAGUACAGAAAAGCUUGGUCAUGUGUGCUGUACUCUUCAGUACUGUAAAAUCUAAUGUCUGCGUAAACAGGGUAUUUGUGAGCAUGUGGCGGUUGUUGUUUUCGUAAUCUCAAAAUAAUCACAUUUUCAGUUAGGACUAAGGCCUCUCAGUUCAGAGUUGCUACAAAGUCCAAAAUGGUUUCCAUCCCACCCUGUGGUCUCUGUGAACACAACUGCAACAUAAUAGUGUCCUCUUGUGGCUGAUGUACAGACUGCAACUCCGGAACAAUGCUAAAUGAUGAAAGCAGAAAUCAGUACUUGGAUAUUUUAAGUUCCCACAUGAAAAACAUGUGGCUUAAGAUUUUAUUGGCACAGUGAAAAAGAACAUGCAGAUUUCUAGCGGUAAAGCUUUUAGGCUUAUGUGUGCAGUUCAUCCAAUAUUAAGACAUAAGUCUGGGCUAUGCAUUUCAGUACAUUUCAAUCAGUGCAAAAACACACAUCAGCAUUGGAAAAAUGCAGCGCUCUACUAUAUGAUGGAUUAGUACUGUAGUAUGUCUGGGCGUGUGUGUGUGUGUGUGUGUGUGUGUGUGUUUGGCAAUGGGAAACUGUCCAGUGUUAGCUUGUAUAUUAUUUCUGUCUAAUUCUGCUGUUUUAAUGCCCUUUCUUAACCAAAUGAUGAAGUGUCUACCAAAACAGAGUUAAACUACAGCAGUGUUCCUACUGGAAUAUGAAGGCAUAGACAAAAUUCAAUACUGGAAUCUUUUAAAAAUUAGCAUUUUGUUAAAGGGCCCAUAUCAUAGAAAAACAAUUUCCUUCACUUUUUUGAAAGAAAAGACGUGUAGAUAUAUACACAUUGUUAAAGUUUUCAAAUUGUACAUUCUUCUCCCCAGACCAUACAGUCUAUAUAUGGAAGCCAAGCCUGUUUUGUUGAUUUUUGUUUUUGUGAGGUCAUUAAAACUGAUCCAUCUAUUCUCUCAUAGUUUAAUCCCAGCAGUUUAGCCCUGCUGAACACUGCUGAAGUUAUAAGCAGUGUUGCAGCUUUUUGAAAGAGGCAUAAUAUAGGGCAGACAGACAGAGUUACAAAAGAGUUAAAACUAAAUGAUGACUGUUUUUGGCACAAAAAAGUAUAUAAAUGUCAUAAGUAGGCUUCAGAGAAAAAAUAAUGUAAGUUAUGGGCUCUUUAACUGCUAAUUUAAAUCCCUGUAGACUGGAAGCCAGUAGAAAAGUUGCAGCUUGCUGUGCUGAAUUAGUCUUUGGGGGUUUAAACGUUGUGGUAUAGUUUUAAAAAUACUUCAGCAUAGAAACCCUGUUUUGUGAUUAUGCUCUGUUUCCUGAACCUCCUUUUUUUAUAUUUUGCUUUAUAAAACUGGUCAACAAUCAUUUGAAGAAAUGCUGCAGUAAGACUAAAGCAAAAGUUGAAGUCCCAAAUGAAUUGGCUAUGAAUGGCCUUUGUAUCAUAUCUCAUGGUAUAGAUACUUGUGGUUUCCAUUGAAACUUUUUUUUUCUAUUGACCUCAUCUUUAUGCAUUCUAUUUUGUAGAAUUAUUUUAAUGUAGUUGAGUGGUAGUUUACUAUUGUGUAUAUAUAUAUAUAUAUAAAUAUUGAGCUAUGAUAUUGUAACAAUUGAUUUUCUUAACUUUUUUGUUUAGGUUGGUCAAAUAUUGUUAUUAUUAUUCAUGCUAUUAUGCAUUACUUGUUUAGAUAUGUAUUUUUGUAUAGCUUUACCAUCUUAAUAGUGUGUGUACAGAAAGAUGAAUUGGUUUUGUUUACAUGUUCUGUACAUGUAAAAGUGUUCACAGAUACAUUUGUGUGUUCUUCAUGGCAUUAUAUUUCAAAGCAGUGAUUUGUUUCAGUUUUGAGGCUCGUCUCUCCAAUAGAACAGUGCCUGAAAUUGAAAUGAACCCUCAAAGGCCUGACUGGCUGGUAGAUGUCAGCAGUUUCCACGCCUUUGGGAUUAAUUCAUAGAACUGUUGCUUAGAUGUUCUUUUUUUUUACAGUACAUACUAUACCUUUUAAUAUACUGUAUUUUUGUUUGUCACUGGAUUUUGUAAACUGUAAAUAUGUCAUGUCAAAUGGAGCUGUAUUUUAAAUGUCCUCUUUUUUUAAAAUAAAAUCAUUACAUUUAAA